GGGCCGACAGGGCACGGCGGGCGCCAUCCCGCCACCAUCCCCUCACGCUCCGGCGCGGGGCUGGCACCCCCAGGCUGACGCCGCCCGGGCGCGGGAAGGGGCGAGGGACAGCCCGGCCGGGCGCUGCCCGGGGCCCUGCUGCUGCCGGCGAGCGCCGGAGGCCGCUGGGCCGCCGCCCCGGGGCACGGGCGACGGAGGGCGGCGGGCCCACGAGGCCGCAGGGCGCCCUCUCGGCCACACGGCGGCAGCAGAGAGCGCCAGGCAGGCGCCCCCCGCCGCGGCGGCGAAGGGCUGUGGGGAGAGGCGCUCCUGCCGCGCUCUCGGUGGUAGGACACGUCAUCGCGGUGCGGCGGUGACGCGGAGGCCGUGGGCCCGGGGCUGAGUGUGCGGGACGGCCCGGUACGGCGCGGGGAGGCCCGAGCGUUCCUGCUAAGACCGCUCCCGUAAAGACAUGACCACACAGUACGGUAUUCUCUUCAAGCAAGAGCAAGCUCACGAUGAUGCCAUUUGGUCAGUUGCCUGGGGAAAAAAUAAAAAAGAUGGCUCUGAAACAGUGAUCUCUGGUUCUUUGGAUGAUCUAGUGAAGGUCUGGAAGUGGAAUGAUGAAAAAUUGGAUCUACAGUGGACUUUGGAGGGUCACCAGCUGGGCGUGGUAUCUGUGGAUAUCAGCCACACAGGCUCCAUUGCAGCAUCCAGCUCCCUAGAUGCCCAUAUUCGCCUUUGGGAUUUAGAAACUGGCAAACAAAUCAAGUCAAUAGAUGCUGGUCCUGUUGAUGCUUGGUCCCUGGCUUUUUCACCCGAUUCCCAGUACCUUGCAACAGGAAGUCAUGUGGGAAAAGUAAAUAUUUUUGGUGUUGAAACUGGAAAGAAGGAAUAUUCACUGGACACCAGAGGGAAGUUCAUCCUUAGCAUUGCAUAUAGUCCAGAUGGAAAAUACUUAGCCAGUGGAGCAAUAGAUGGCAUUAUCAAUAUUUUUGAUAUUGCCACUGGAAAACUUCUGCAUACGCUAGAAGGUCACGCGAUGCCUAUUCGUUCACUGACAUUUUCUCCAGAUUCACAGUUACUUGUAACUGCUUCAGAUGAUGGCUACAUCAAAAUCUACGAUGUGCAACAUGCGAACUUGGCAGGCACAUUAAGUGGUCACGGAUCCUGGGUAUUAAACGUAGCCUUUUGUCCUGAUGAUACCCAUUUUGUUUCCAGUUCAUCUGAUAAAAGCGUAAAAGUUUGGGAUGCUGGAACAAGAACCUGCGUUCAUACUUUCUUCGACCACCAGGAUCAGGUUUGGGGAGUGAAAUACAAUGGAAGUGGGUCCAAAAUUGUAUCUGUUGGAGAUGACCAAGAAAUCCAUAUUUAUGACUGUCCAAUUUAAAUAUCUUGAUUCAGGCCCUUUGGUUAACUCUCGUGGCAAGUUUGUAGUACUGUCCUUCCAUGUCGUGUUUUAGUACUGCAAAAUGCAGAGCUGCAAAAUCAGAUAUAUUUUAUUUUGCAUGAAAGCAAGUUUUACUUUUUAAAAAAUAAAAGCUACAG